AUGCCUUUGCAACCUACCGCCAGCACUGCCAACCGUCCGCGCAACCCCCGUGGCCCAAAAGGUGGCAAAACCCACCUCGACCACGACGAGCGUCGUUCCAUCUACGAAAGCCUACUUGCUGUCUCGUCCUCUGGCAUACUGCCUCGAGGUGCCAUUGUCAAGCUAGCCAGACAGCACAACUGCCACCCCGACACAGUGAAGCGCGUGUGGGCCGGUGGACAGAGCUCCAUCCGUGAAGGCCACAUCAGCGCCGAUGUUUCGUCGAAAAUCCGAGGCAAUUCAGGUCGCAAAAAAACGCGCACAAGUGAAGAGAUAGAAGAUGCCAUUCGCCAAGUGCCGCAGGAGUCGCGGCAGACGACAAGGGCGCUUUCUCACGCAUGCCAAAUUCCAAGGACGACGGUGCUUAGGCACAUGGCUGAAUGUCCCCGGCUCAAGGCUCGUUCGAGUUACGUGAAGCCAUUUUUGACUCCAAGCAACAUCCAAGAACGCCUGCGCGUAGCGGCCCUACUCUUCUCACGCCAACGACAUCGUCGCCGACAACGACGAUUGGAAAUACUUCGCCUACGAGGCAUACUUCGUGAACGCAAUGCCGUCGAGUCGGCGGCACUGCAUGACGCAGCUUGGUACACAAUGUACCGUUCCCGCAACACCCCGUCGUUCCUCACCACGGUCUCUCUGCCCCCGGACGACUUCGAUGAUUUGCUACAAGUAUUUGACCAAGAGUACACAGUGUUGUCCGGUCCAGGUCGACGAGGACGCCCUCCGAGGAUCCAGCACAAGCAUGCUGUUCUAGCCAUGACCCUCCACUUCUAUACGGCAGCCGUUGAACACAAGACCCUGCAGGACCUCUUUGGGGUAUCCCCAAGCACUUUCGCACGCGUGUUAUCCAAUGCCGAGCGUGCAGUGGGGCGUUCUCUAAACCGAAUCGCAGACGCCGCGGUACGGUGGCCAACGACUCGGCAACAACAGCACUGGGCAACUUUGACCAAUGCCAAGGAGCCCCUCGUUGAAGGCGUGUUUGCAUUUGUGGAUGGUAAAAAUUAUCGGGUCCAAAGUCCGAGUAACAUUGAUCUCCAAAAUGCUCAAUUCAAUGGUCGGUAA